AUGGCGACAGCUACAGAGCACCUCCAUGUCGAAAAGCUGCAUAUCAGCGACACAGACUCAUCCAUCGUCUCCUUCGAACCCUUCGAGCUACCAGUGUCCAACCAGCGCAUCCUGGGAUCCCCUCAUCCCAAAGAUACCGUGACCCCCCUCGCCCUGCGUCUCACAGAAGAGUCUCAAAGCCCCAGCCUUGACGCUAUUGUGGAGACCAUCAAAUCUCUCCAAGAACGAGACGGAACUUUAACCAAAAAGCUCGCCCGCCACGGCACCCUCCUCUUCCGCGGUCUUCCCAUCCAUAACGCGGAGGACUUUAGCAAAUUCGCCCAUUCCUUCGGAUACAAACCACACGAGAUCAUCGGUAUAGUCGUGGAUAGACCACUUCUCGCACCGAACGUGGCACCCGCGAAUGAAGCGCCCAAGGAAGUUCUGAUAUACAACCACAAUGAGUCCCCGCAGGUACCCCAUGCGCCGGAGUAUAUCUUCUUUUAUGGGCAUCAUGUCCCUGAAAAGGGCGGCGAGUCACCUAUUUCUUCUUCGCUGGAGCUGUUUCACCGUGCACAGCGAGAGAUUCCCGAGUUUAUUGCUGAGCUUGCGGAGAAGGGGAUCCUGAGUCGUGUUACGUACAAGUAUGAGAAGCAGUAUGAAGGCGGUUCGACACUUAAACAAGCCUUUGGGAAGGACAUUGUUGAUGGAGACUCGGAAGAGACGAAGCGAUCCAAGAUAGAAGCGCAGAUUGCGCGGUAUGGACGUGGAAAGUAUACGACGUGGGAGUGGACGGAUGACGGACUUGUUUUGACGCAUCGACUUCCUGUGAUUAGGACGCAGCAGGAAACUAAUUUGCCUACGCUGUUUACCGGGCUGGCGUCGUAUUGGAAGAUGAAUCAGGUUAACGCGGGUGGGAGGAAGAAUGUCACGCAGCAGAUUUAUGGGGAUGGGAGUGUUAUUCCGGAGAAGUAUUUGGAGCAUUUGGCGAAGAUUACGGAUGAGAUUCGUGUGCUGCAUAAGUGGCAGAAGGGGGAUGUGUUGGUUUAUGAUAAUGCGAUUGCCCAGCAUGGGAGAGAGCCGUGGGAGGGGGAGCAGUCGGAUCGUGUUGUGUUGGCAAGUCUCUUUGAUGGGAAGAAUGUGCCUGGUCCGUAUGGGUUUGGGGACUGGGCGAAGGUUGUGCAGGCUUUGGAUUAG